AUGACGGGGCCGGGAUUAGGCUGGGUGCUAAGAAGGGUGACCCAGAACUUGCCUCCCACCAUCCUUGUCUCUCCCCCCCCUGCAGUUGGCUUUGGCCCUGCUGAUCGCAGUCACCUGGACAGUCCUGAGGCUCGAGAAGCCAUGUUCCUGAGACGAGCAGCUGUGGCCCCUCAGAGGGCCCCUAUCCUGCGUCCAGCCUUCGUCCCCCACGUGCUACAGAGAGCAGAUUCUGCUCUCUCUUCUGCAGCAGGUGGCCCCCGACCUAUGGCCCUGAGGCCCCCACACCAGGCCCUGGUUGGACCCCCUCUGCCUGGGCCUCCUGGACCACCCAUGAUGCUGCCACCUAUGGCUCGGGCCCCAGGACCACCCCUGGGCUCUAUGGCUGGUCUAAAACCUCCCCUGGUAAAUAGCGCAGAGCACAAGACUCCCACCACCUCCCCCUGUCCCCUCCAGGUCCCAGAGCCGCUGGGUGAGGACAAGAAGAAAGGCAAACCGGAGAAACUGAAGCGCUGCAUUCGCACAGCAGCCGGGAGCAGCUGGGAGGACCCCAGUCUGCUGGAGUGGGAUGCCGAUGACUUCCGGAUCUUCUGUGGGGACCUGGGCAAUGAGGUGAAUGAUGACAUCUUGGCUCGGGCAGUCAGCCGGUUCCCAUCCUUCCUUAAGGCUAAGGUGAUCCGUGACAAGCGCACAGGCAAAACCAAGGGCUAUGGCUUUGUCAGCUUCAAGGACCCCAGUGACUAUGUGCGCGCCAUGCGUGAGAUGAACGGGAAGUACGUGGGCUCACGGCCCAUCAAGCUUCGAAAAAGCAUGUGGAAGGACCGGAACCUGGAUGUGGUCCGCAAGAAGCAGAAGGAAAAGAAAAAGUUGGGCCUCAGAUAGGGUCUGUGGCUUGGCACUUGCUCCCACCCAGCCAGGCGCUAGCUCCUUCCCACAGAUGUUUGUGGGAAAUCCCAGCCGUCUAUUCACCUGUCCCAAAACCAGUUUCAAUAAAUUUACUUUCAUUUCCAUA